CAUCAUUGGUCUCACAGUCACGGUAAGUGUUAAUGUGUUUUAUCUAAUGAACAGUUGCAGCUGUUUAAUCCAACAAAACUUUAAACAGCGUUCAUCCGUUACGUAUAUUUACAAUCACAAGUCAUAGAUGUGUCCUAAGGAAUAACUGAGGACGAGUCAAUGAAAUUGGCCUAUUAAAAACAAUGAAGCGCAUAUCAUUUUUCAAAUAGGUGUAACUACACCGCAAGACGUUGUACAUUUGGUGUAUUUAAAGACAUUUGGCGUUUUUUGUCAUCUCAGCCAUCCAUCGCUGAAAUUGUUACGUCAACGCGUGACGCGCGAUAAAAAAAGUCGUUGCCAAUUUUGUCUGAUGUGGACAAAAUGUAAAUAACAUGUAAAACAGUGUUUCCGCUAUAGUCAUUUUGCCGUGGCGGUCGUUUUUUGAUAAAUCGUUGCUUUCAUUUAGUGGGAAACUGUCGUCAGUACGGCCUCGCGAGCGCGAUGUCUCGCUUUCCCGGGUCGCGGCGUCUGUGAUUUGAGCGGGAGGGAGAAGCCGCUCAUUUAGUUCACCGUACGGCGGCCACGUUGUGAGUAAAAGAGUACAAAACAGUGUUUCCAAAACCCGUCAAUGUAAUCGACUGAUUGGAUAUAGAAGCACGAACUGUUCGUCUGUAAAUAAGCACAUGGUUACAAAGCGCAUGCGCCGUGUGACGGAAUUAGCCAAAAUGUCAGUUCUUUAAGGCAGUGGUUCUCAAAUUGGGGACCCCAAGAUGGAUCCAGGGGGGCCACAGAUUUUGUGGCAUUUUAUGAAAUCUAGAAAUUGAUCAUAGAUGUUAUGCAAUCAAACAUCAGAAGAAGGACACCACCAACCAAAAGAAUUGAGGUUCCAGCAUUGUAUAACUGAAUAUAUUUUUGCUUUAAUUAAAAUUCUAAGUUUAAGAUUAUACGUCUUUAUAUUACAUUCAAAUAUUAAAAGACCCAAACGAGCAGAAGUAAACUUUCUGCCCAACUUUCCCCAGGGAGAGAAUCCCUCUACUCUUGAACAUUUAAGGCAGAAGAUCGUUGAUGAAGUGAAGAAAGCUGAGAAGAACUUGGCGCUUGUAAGAAAGAUGAUGCAGAAAACAUUUAGCCUGCGGCGACAGACCAUAGUGAACACGUGCCCACCAGUGAAAGAGCUCAUGGAACUCUGGCCUGCACUCAAAAUGGAGUCUGAGGUUAUGUGUAGUGGCACUUGUUCCUGGUAUAUGCAGAGUUCCAACGAAUUACAAACCAGAACCUGCCCAACACAUUGUACUCUGAGCUUGACAGACAUAUUCCUAGACUGAUGACCCUGUUCAGACAGAAGGCAGCCAAAACCGGGAAGACAUCAGAUGCUCUGGCUGAAAUCCUAAGAAUCUGUGAUGAACAGGAGCUUCAUGACGUACACACCAAGCGUACCACUGUUCUUCAUGCCCUUCCUGUGUAUCUACAUGAGGACGUCUCUGGGUUCUUCAGGACCUGCACAGACACAUCUGAUGAGCCACUGCUUUUAGAUGUUGCAGUGGUCCUCCUUACAGUCGUCACAGAUAAUGACAGAAGUCCAGUUCACUUCCAGCCUGUGAAAAUCUCUGUUGUCAUUGAAAGCGAGAUUGUGGUCAACCUCUCCAGAUUUGCUGAUGCCUUCCUGGUAAUGUUUGGACUGAUCUAUGCACUACACCUCAGCUAUCCCAGGGGACUGACCAACACUUUUGAAUUCACUCAAAACAUUUUACUUGGUCUUGAAGGUGGUAAACUGUCACCCAAGUUACAGAGUCUCAAAAAUGACUUGAUGCGUAUGUAGAAAUGUAUCUGAAAAAGUUUAAUGCCUGGCAGUUCCUAUGUAGUUCAAUGUAGGUUAUUUCUGUGAAAAUAAUGCCUUAAAAGGUUUCUGCGCUAAUGUGUGGGUAUUUCUCCACAAUCUGCACUAUGUGCCUUCGUAUUUAUAAAUGUUAUUUGGUAUUAAUACAGCUCUAGUUGUUGAGUUGUUAAGCUGGGUAGUACUUUGUAACGGUACAUGUAAUAGUUUUAAAUGGUUCAUGCUGUUAUGCAGGUUUAUGACAUAGUUAAUAGGUUUUAGCCUAGUGCACCACUGAAUUGUUUUUAUUAUGUUUGUCUUUUUAAAUUGACAAUGUAGUUUUAAAUGGGAAAGGGCAAGAAUUCAGUGUAACACAAUGUAAUUCAAACUGUUGAAGUUGUUUGUACUCAAAAUAUUUGUCAACGUUUUUGAGUAAUGUGUAAUUAAAAAAAUUGACAAAGAAACUAAUACAUAUUGAGUUCACGCAACUUAAAAGUGCUUCUUUGUGUACUUAUUUUUUUUAAGUAAUGUUAACUUAAUGCCAUGAUAAUGGGCAAGGAUAUUUUUAAGUCACUGUAACUGAAAAUUAUUGAGUAGACCUAAUAAGAACUUUUAAUUUAACUGUAAUCAAAAUGUUUAAGUAGCACAUAAUCAAAAUAUUUAAUCUCUAAAAUAAAUUGUUUUUAAGUUCAUGACUUUUCAAGGUUUCAAGUUAAUUUUUUGAGUUCUGCUUACUAAUUUGGGUUUACAGUGUUUGUUUUAUGUGAAUCGAUUCUGUGUGUUUGAAUACAAACUCUCUCUUUCAGCUCUCUGUUCAUUAUCUGAAGGCAUUCAGCG